CAACCUUGAAUCUCAGUCGGUAGAAAAUGUAUUGUGGAGCAACAAGGACAAGGAGCAUCAAGAGUUUCACGAUAGAAGACCUGCGCAAGAAUUUCCCGACCCUAGGUCUCCAUCGAUUGGAGCUGUUUCAUCAUCGGGCGGAUUUGUCUACAAAGUUCUAUCACAUAUUUUUUCAAGACAUAUGACAUUGACCACAACCAGAGACAUCAAUUACAUACGUGUGAUUGUGAUUAUACAAGUCCAUCAACCUCCAAAAUCCACUCGCCUACUCAUUUUUCUACUUACAACGAGGUACUGAGCUGAAGUGGUACGUUGUCACCUGCAUCAAAAAAUCUCAAUUUGCGUCGCUAUAUUCUUCAGCUAUUUUGUCGUUGUCUCAGGCACACAGCCUCAAACUUUCAUCAUAAUUCGGACAAGACUUCAUUAGUCCUGUUGCUGUUUUUCCCGUUAGGGAUAGUUACCUUGACAAAAUCAAAAUGAUGAAGCGUCUUUCCUCUUUCGAAUCGAGCCCGUCUCGCUCUGUUGGUGCUCAGCUUGUGGCAUUGCUGCAAGCGGUGUGCGUUUGGCUGCACCUGGAGACGAUGGUGGGAGCUGCCGUGGGGUUGCAGUUGCGCAUGAAUCCGGGUGGUGCUGGUGGUGCGACUCGCCUAAGCACGGCUGAUCGCCGCCCACCGAUGAGGCAAAACGGCGUGGGUCAGAAUGAGCUGCAGCUGGUAUCUGUGAUAAGCGGUGAAGACACGAACUCGCGAGGGUUCACCUCAAUUGGUGGGAGCGUACCAUGAUAAUCACGGCCGAAAAAUUGGAGAAAAAGUUACUAGCCAAAGCCUCGGACGCAGUGAAGAACAAGCUUGCCUUCAAACCUGCGAAGUUUCUGAUCUACCCUGACCCUGAGUUACGGUGGAUUCGCGCUGAUCCCCGAGUUUUUUACCAUUCCAGGGGUGUCGAGACGCGGUACGGUAUGGAGCUGCACAAUAAGAUUCCUCUCACCGACAGCAGGCAGGUCCGGGAUGAGAGGAAGCUGUUUGUCGAGAUGGAAGAUCCAACAGAGGCUGAGAUGCAGGUGGAGAUCGAAAACGCGAAUCAAACCGACAGCGCAUGGGCACGCAUUCGUGAUGGCCGCCGCGGAUGCGCACGGGGCUCUGCUUGGGGGCUUGCCUCUCUCGCCUGUGUUCCCUGUGCUGGUGGGGUAGGGUGCGCCCUUGGUUGCAUUGGCGCGGCAUGUGAGUGUGCCCUGGCUGCCGAGAACUGCGGCACGGGAACCCGUGAUCUUCUUCUUCGCCCGAGGCGCGUGCAGAGGUUGGAGACUGCGCGACGGGAACUCCGGCAACCACAGCAGCACGGGACCGCCGCAGCCGCGCCCCAGUCGCGUCCGCACAAUCCCGACGGAGACGGAAACCGCCGCCGCCAAGGCGCCGCCACCGCGAGGGAUGUGGCCCAACCCACGAAUCAACGCGAAGCCGCGGCGUUUCAGGGCGUUUUGGCUCGCUUCCAGCCGGCAUUACCAGGUAAUGCCGGGUUUUUGCUGCAGGUAUAGUAGUAGUAGUAGUAGGUAGUAGUUCUGAAAGCAGCAAGAAGUAAUAGCAAUACGUCCUAGUAGUAGAGCUGCAAAGAGUCCUCGAAGAUUUACGUCUUCCUCUUACUUUCGCUUUCGCAGCAAAUAUCGCAGCGAGUUCAUUAUAGAAAUUUAGCCACAUAGUUUGUGCGUUUUGCUUUUGCUUUUACAACGUAAAAACUCCAUACUGAGGAGGACUUGUACAGGGGCGUUGUUUAUUCGUAGCAUUCUUGAACUCGUCGCGGCGCUGUUUUCAAGGCCAGCGCGCAAGUUCUUCCGAACCUUGCGUGGACUUUCGUCUACAAAGGCUGAAGGCUUGCCGCAAAGCCCGUUUUAUCGAGACUGUCUCCUGGCGACACCUAUGGGAGCAGAGCCAACAGAUUUUUGCAGUAUUUUAUCCGUGUUGUAAGCCUAAGCUGGCCCAGUUUUGGAUUUUUUCCUGUUAUUUUCAAGCUCUGCACAGGCCCCCGGGCAAUUUUUGUAACAUUCGAUGUUUGUUGUGUACGAUUUUCCUUGUACUUUUUAUUUUUGUGUAAAAGCAGUUUUAUCAUACUCAGGAUAGAUUGGGUUUUACCUUUCUCGUCUUCUCCAGCACAGUUUUGUUUAUGUACAGCAGAUUUUCAACUGGCCUCCAAGUUUGUCGUUCUGUAGUCCUUGCGCAACAGUAACCGACUUUAUUUGAAAACACCUGCGUCCAGUGAUUAGGUUUGGCAUCGAGAUAGUGCCUCUAAUGCCUGCUAUUGUUACUAUUUUUGUAGAUCAGCUGUUUUUGGUAUGUGGAGUCUCUUUCCUACCAGACCAGGCCGGCGCACAUGUAUGAUUCAAAAGAAGAGCGGAUCCGGAUUCGUAGGACGAUGGAGAAAAAAUAAUGAAAAGGAGAGGCGGGCGCCGCUCUAUUGCUAUGCACUUUCACUGGAAAGAACAAGCAGGAACUUGAAGUUGGAAAGCAGCGAAGCGUGUCUGAAGAUCUGUUUCUGGC